GCAUUGCAGUGCGGUUGUGGUUUGUGGUGUGCUCUUGUCUUGUCUCGUCUGUGACUGUGACCGGCGCAGGUACAUCGACGUUUGUAUCGUGAACAUAAUGCUAAUUGUUUUCUUGAAUUAAGUGUUAUGGAAUAAUUCGUGAUUUUGUACUCAUUUAACUAUUCAAUUCUGGCACCAUGUCACAAACCGAAGAACCCAUGGAGGUAGCAGAUGUUGGGGAGAAUUCCAAUGGCUCUUCAAGCGACACCACUUCGUCGAGAGGUAAAGAAGGUGACUUCGAAAGUAAGAUUGAAACUGAUCGUUCAAAGCGAUUCGACUUUUUGUUGAAACAAACUGAAAUUUUCUCGCAUUUUAUGACAAAUACACCAAAAUCUGGAAGCAGUCCUCCAAAAGCGAAAGCAGGAAGACCAAAGAAAAACAAAGAUCUUGAUACAUCUGGGUCUGCUGGCGAUCAUCGCCACCGUAAAACAGAACAAGAGGAAGAUGAAGAGCUGCUUGCAGAGACUAACAUAAAGGUUAAGAGCAUCUUUAGAUUUGAGUCCUCUCCGCCAUACAUUAAGAAUGGAGAGAUGCGAGAUUACCAAGUUCGUGGCCUCAAUUGGAUGAUAUCACUUUACGAAAACGGAAUUAAUGGAAUUCUUGCCGAUGAGAUGGGCCUUGGAAAAACUCUACAGACAAUAUCACUGCUUGGUUAUAUGAAAAAUUUUAAAAACAUUCCUGGACCACAUAUUGUGAUUGUUCCAAAAUCAACACUUACCAAUUGGAUGAAUGAGUUCAAGAAAUGGUGUCCUUCCUUGAAAGCUGUAUGUUUAAUUGGAGACCAAGAUACAAGGAACACAUUCAUUCGUGAAACCCUCAUGCCAGGCAACUGGGAUGUGUGUAUCACAUCAUACGAAAUGAUCAUCAGAGAACGCUCAGUAUUCAAAAAGUUCACAUGGCGCUACAUGGUGAUUGAUGAAGCCCACAGGAUCAAGAAUGAGAAGUCCAAGCUGUCGGAGCUGCUCCGAGAGUUCAAGAGUAUGAACAGACUGCUGUUGACUGGUACUCCGCUACAGAACAAUCUUCACGAACUGUGGGCUCUGCUCAAUUUCUUGUUGCCGGAUGUCUUUAAUAGUUCUGAUGACUUUGACUCAUGGUUCAACACAAAUGCAGCACUCGGUGACAAUCAGCUGGUGUCUCGGCUGCAUGCUGUACUGAGACCAUUUUUGCUCAGGCGUCUCAAGUCUGAAGUGGAGAAGAAACUAAAACCUAAGAAGGAGUUGAAAGUAUAUGUGGGUCUGAGCAAAAUGCAGAGAGAGUGGUACACAAAGGUUUUAAUGAAGGAUAUUGAUGUUGUGAACGGCGCCGGCAAGGUAGAGAAGAUGCGACUGCAGAAUAUCCUGAUGCAGCUCCGCAAGUGCUGCAACCACCCGUACCUGUUCGACGGCGCGGAGCCCGGGCCGCCCUACACCACGGACGAGCACCUCGUCUACAACUGCGGCAAGCUCGCCAUCCUCGACAAGCUGCUGCCCAAGCUGAGGGAGCAGGACUCCAGGGUGCUCAUCUUCUCGCAGAUGACCAGGAUGCUGGAUAUACUCGAGGAUUAUUGCCAUUGGAGACAGUAUAAGUACUGCCGGCUGGACGGGCAGACGCCACACGAGGACCGCAACCGUCAGAUCGAGGAGUACAACGCGGAGGGCAGCGAGAAGUUCGUGUUCAUGCUGUCCACGCGCGCCGGCGGGCUCGGCAUCAACCUCACCUCCGCCGACGUCGUCAUCAUCUACGACUCCGACUGGAACCCGCAGAUGGACCUGCAGGCCAUGGACCGAGCGCACAGGAUUGGCCAGAUGAAGCAGGUGCGAGUGUUCCGUCUCAUCACGGAGAAUACAGUCGAGGAGAAAAUCGUGGAGCGCGCCGAAGUGAAGCUGCGCCUCGACAAGCUGGUGAUCCAGUCCGGUCGGCUGGUCGACCAGAAGAACCAGCUCAACAAGGACGAGAUGCUCAACAUGAUCCGCCACGGCGCCAACCACGUCUUCUCCUCCAAGGACUCGGAGAUCACCGAUGAGGAUAUUGACUCCAUUUUGGCUAAAGGAGAAACUAAGACUGAAGAGUUGAAGCAAAAGUUGGAGAGUCUCGGCGAGUCUUCACUAAGGGCUUUCUCCAUGGACACUCCGGGCGCCACGACAGAUUCUGUUUAUCAGUUUGAAGGCGAGGACUACCGUGAGAAGCAGAAGAUCCUGCCAAUGGGCAGCUGGAUCGAGCCGCCCAAGCGCGAGCGCAAGGCCAACUACGCCGUCGACGCAUACUUCCGCGAGGCGCUGCGCGUCUCCGAGCCCAAGGCGCCCAAGGUGCAGGCGCCGCGGCCGCCGAAGCAGCCCAUCGUGCAGGACUUCCAGUUCUUCCCGCCCAGGCUGUUCGAGCUGCUCGACCAGGAGAUCUACCACUACAGGAAGACGUUGGGCUACAAGGUGCCGCGCAACCCGGAGCUGGGCCCGGACGCGGCCAAGAUCCAGCGCGAGGAGCAGCGCAAGAUCGACGACGCGGAGGCGCUCACUGAGGAGGAGGUCCAGGAAAAAGAACAACUCCUCACACAAGGUUUCACUACUUGGACUAAACGGGAUUUCAAUCAAUUCAUUAAGGCUAAUGAGAAAUAUGGCAGAGAUGACAUCGAUAACAUCGCUAAAGACGUGGAAGGCAAAACUCCUGAGGAGGUUAUGGAGUACUCUGCAGUAUUCUGGGAGAGAUGCCACGAGUUGCAAGACAUUGACAGAAUAAUGGGGCAGAUAGAGAGGGGCGAAGCGAAGAUACAACGAAGAGCCUCUAUCAAGAAAGCACUGGACGCCAAAAUGGCUCGUUACAGGGCUCCCUUCCACCAGCUCAGGAUUUCGUAUGGCACGAACAAGGGCAAGAAUUAUGUUGAAGAAGAGGACAGGUUCCUGGUGUGCAUGCUGCACAAGCUGGGCUUCGACAAGGAGAACGUGUACGAGGAGCUGCGCGCGGCCGUGCACGCGGCGCCGCAGUUCCGCUUCGACUGGUUCCUCAAGUCGCGCACCGCCGUCGAGCUGCAGCGCAGAUGUAACACGCUAAUCACACUAAUCGAAAGAGAAAACCAAGAACUAGAGGAGAAGGAACGGGCGGAAAAGAAGAAAAAGGGCGGUCCCGCCAACCAGAACACACCGAGCGGAGCCUCCAAGGGCGCCGCCAACAAGCGCAAGGCCGACAACACGCCCGACAACGCGCAGAAACACAAGAAGAAGAAGAAAUGAGCCGCGGCCGGCCGCCUCCGAGCCGCACACACCCACACCCACCCACGGUCUACCUUACAUUAAACCUCCUUAUUCAUAACACUUUACAAGACUCGAUUAGUUCAUUUAUGUUUUAUCCCUUUCUUACAAAUACAUAAGUCGAAAUGACAGAUUAAGACGAACGAUUAAUAUUAAUGGAGGCUUGUAGUGCGUUUAUGAAUAACGGUAAUACCCUCCCGGCCUAUACACGCCGCGUCUCAAAGUACGAACGCGAUACUGGCGCUGCGAAGUAGCAAUACGCAGUGUGUACAGUCGCCUUCAGAUAUAUGGGAGCGGCCAACGUGCUCACUAAUAUCUGAACAAGCCUCUAUUGUCAAGGCGUUUAGAGUGCGUGCUCAGAUAUUUAUGAGCACAUUGGUCGCUCCGCGACUGUACAACCUAUACGAAUAAUAAAUGUUAGUCCCGAUGUUUAAAUUUACUUUUUUUACGUCUCUCUGUUUGUUCCACCUCUGGUCUGUGACGGCAGUAAUAGUUAAGAAUUUUCUUCUUAUCUAAAUAGUGUGUGUUGAAUGAGUAUUGUAAUAAAUUGUGUGUGAUUUCGAUCCGUGUCGAUGUAGCUUUGAAUUCCAGUAUUUUUAAGGCCCUAAUUUAUUUUCUGACAGAUCUGCAUAAGUUUUAAAUUUAAUAAAAGCUUAGCCUGUAAUAUUAUCUAUCUCAACCUAAUGCUGUCAAUAUCAGGAAGGAUGCCAUGAAAUGAAAUUGCCACAAUGGAAAUAAGGCGUGAAAAACAGUACAAUAAAGUUUAAUGUAAUGGUCAGUUGUGAUGAUACCCUUCCUACCCUCUACUAUCCAGUGAGAUUACCCAAAACGACCAGCGUGUGAUAUAAUAGAUAUUUGUGAAACAAUUAAAAUCAAGUGAUAUUUUUACCUAUGAAGUGUUAAUAACAGGUCAUGAGAUUUUACAUUUAUUACAAUAAAUUGAUACUCAAUCCGU